AUGAAGGGUACCGCCUUCCUCCUCGUGGCUUUGCUGGCGGCUUUCGCUCUUGCUAUCGCGUCGCCUGACACCUUCACGACUACUAACCUUGCAACUUCUUCCAUUCCACAGUCGGACUUCGAGGAGGCAUUGAUCCCCUAUACCGCUCCUCCUCAAGCCAGCGAGCGUGGAUCUCCAGAUAAGGUCCCGACAGAUGACGACCUGCUAGCCGAGCUACAUGAUCUUACCGGAUUGAAUGCCACGUGGUCAAACGUCUCCUACUCCAACACCAGCGCUUCUUCUGGCAACGAUAUCUCAGUACUUACCGAUCAGAAUCAUAUGAAGCACCUGAAAGGCUGGUACAGGGUUGACAUUCGUCUUGGCCUGCAUGGCACCCACGUUGGAACUUUCGCUGGAGAGCGACUGUACAAUCGUAUCUACGAGGUCUUGAAGCACUGCAAACCUGGCGGUAGUAUCGAUGAUUGCUCUAUCAGGAACGUCGUUUAUAAGGGCUCUGGUGGCGAGUAUCGAACAGACUCGACGCUUUACAUAAAUGUCCUGGUAUCGACCAUCCACACGACAAUGAAAGGGCUUGAGGACCUGACGUACCGCAUGAUGGCCAGAACAUUCCAGAAAAUGACCGAGGUUCCGAGCAACUGCCGAUGGAUCAAGUUUUCGAGCGGCGGUGGUGACAGACCUCUCGCCUUCUGCAGCGUGGCAAGCCAAGUCAUGAUCGCAUUCCCCAUCAACGGAGGACCGGUGCAGUCGCUACUGAAAUUGACGCUCGAGUGGGAUCACGAGACCGACAAGAAGUCUUACACUUGCGAUGAAGUAGCGCAGUCAGGUACCGUUAUGGAUUACGUGAGCCGACCGUUUCUCAACGACUAUAACAUCAGAGGCGGCGGUAGAGAAGAAAGUUUCAAGAAGGAAAUCUCCAAGAUCUAUGGAUGGAAAGAGAAUAGGAUAGCUCCGUAUACGGCCUGUCUGUGGGACCAUUGCUUCAACACAGUUGUGCGUAACGCGCUAACGGAAUGGAUCGAGGUUGACGAUUGUGAGCCGGCGUGGAAUCCGAUUGGAUGUGAUCCUGGCGCGGAAUCGAGGAAGAACAAGGACUUGAACUGCCCGCCAGAAUAUCGGGGUACACGGUCUUACACCCAUGGUAAAGUUAACUCGCGGGACGACCCAAAUGACAUCCACUGGAGCGGCUAG